AUGCUAUUUCAAUUUUUAUUCAUAGUAAACUUUUUCUCCGUUUGUUUGGCAGGUAUCUUACCAAAUAAUAAUGUAGAAAAAGAUGUUACUUCAUCGUUAUCUGUCGGUCAUUUCAAUUUCUCCACUGUUGAAAAAUUCUGGGGAAGAAUUGACAUGUCUAAUGUCCAAAAUACAAAGGAAGGCCAUUUCAUGAAAAUACUGCUCUCAAUUAACAGUAACAUAAAGGCUGGUGCAGUAGGAGAUUCUAUUUCUGCUAUACAAAAUAAUUUUGAACGUUUGUUGGUCCUUCCAUCCCUAAUCGCGGAGAAGGAUAGCUUAGUUUUUAACCAAUUGAAUGGGUCUGAUAUACUUUCAAUUAAGGGUGAAUUGGAUGAUAUUGUAGCAUUAGGAGAACAAUACCAAGGUUUGAUUGAUAAACUUUCUUGGAAAAAUAAGUUAUUCAUUAAUAAGGCCUUUAAGAAUGCCAUUUUAUCAUAUAUUCAGUUCCAUGCAUGGAAAAUAAAUAUGCUAAAUAAAUAUGUCUUAGGUAGCGCUGGUACUAAUUCAUAUUCUAAUAUAAUCCUCCAUGAGGGUGAAACCUUAUUGAAGUCUGUGAAAUAUUCAUUGCUUGCUGCCAUUGAAACAAUAGAAGUUGUCUCUGGAAAUUCAGUGGUGGCUAUGGUUGACAUGGCAAAAAAUCAUUUUAGGGCGUUUAACAACGAGACAGUCUUAAUAGGUGCUAUUAAGGAACAUAUUAAGGGGAGAGUUAACAAGGUAAGCUCCAGUGACAAGGAACGAGAAAAAGAUAUGUCUUUCUUACUUGAACACAUCUCAACGAUUGCAAAAUCUAUCGCGUUUAUGUUGCUCUGUUUCGGAUUUGGUAUUUAUCCUUGUGUGGUUUUCUUCGUCAUUUUCAUUCCAAUUGCCAUUAUCAUUUGGUCCCUAAUUCUCUGGCGAUAUAUUAAAGGGAGAGGACUCUAA